AUGAGGAGUCCGACCCGGCGUGAGAGGAAGAUGAUGAUGCCCUCGGGCGACGGACUCGAUGUAUGGAAGUGGUUCCGAAGCGGAGGAGGAGGGAGGCCUCGGGAGCCCACCGGCGCCAGGGAGCUCCGCAACCACGGCGGAGAGAGGUACGGGGAUUUUGUGAGGAAAUCCUUCUGGGGCGGACCAGCCAAGUCCCGCUUGGCCGACCCCAAGCGCUGGGCCGAUGAGAUCAUCGACACACCCCGACCUCAACUCCUCAUCUCGUCCGACACACCAUCACCUCCUCAUCUUGUCCGGCACACCAUCACCUCAUCAUUUUGUCUGACACACCAACGAAAAUAUGUCCGACUCUGCGGUGAUGGACUCGACCGAGCUGGAGAUCAUCGAGGCGAAUAA